AUGUCCGGAAUCAAUAAAGACGAAAAGGUGCGCACGGACACUGGGUUGCCCACGACCCAACCAUCGGGAGAUAGAGGAGGUAGUGCUGGAGGUGGCGUUGACACCUCGCACGUGAACGAAGCGUCGGCGGCGAGCAGGACCAGUUCUAUGGGUCCUCCUGCUUCGCCAGGAAUGAAGAGAACGGCAGUCCGUUCAGAGGGUGAGUCGGCUGGCGGCUCGUCAGCAGCUGAGUCCUGCGUCUCAGCGGGUCGGCCAGGCCCAGCGUCUUCGAAGGGCCCGUCGAUCAGGGCGAAGAAGGCGCCAGCAAGGAAGAGGCAGGCGUUUCGUGGUGUAUCGGCGUCGCACCGACCGUGCUCGCAGUCUGAUGGGGCUGUCUCCGAUGCGAGCGUGUCGGAAGCCGGUAUGGACGCAGACGGUAGUGAGACGGAGACCCCGUGGCCUUCAGGACCGCAGCAGCCCCGCCCUUCUGGCGAGGCAGAGGUUGUCCCAGCCCCGGCCUCGGAUGCUCGGCCUAAUGCCACGUGGGAGACCGUUCGGCGAAAGAAGGCGUCGAAAAAGAAGAAGGGCGGAGCGAGGCCUGAGCAGCGUUCGCGCUCGGCCCCGCGUCAGACGCCAGCUGGACCAGCUGCUCCAGCGGCAGCGCCGGCCCCGACGACGGUGGAGCUUCAAGUUCCGUCAACCGCGUUCGGUGGCGAGGGUCCCGUGAGAAAGGUCAACGUGACGGAGCUGGUAGCCCGGGCAGAGCAGCUUGCGAAAGAGGUCCGGGACUUUACGAAAGACCCGGCGAAUCGGAUAAAUAAGAGCGUCGCUUCGUUUAUCGAGGACAGGUUUUCGGGGGUCCUAUCCCUCCUUGUAGCGGCUACGGGAAAGAUAGAGGGACUAAGGGGGGAGUGCUUCGGCUUGCGAUUUGCGCACGGUGCGCUGUUGCGGCGGGUCGGCGCACCUGCGGGUAGCGGCCGCCAGGACCCGCGCCCUGAGGCGAUCGCGGCGCCAGCGGCGCCCGCGGCACCCGGGCGUGCGAGGACUUUCGCUGAGGCUGCCGGCGGAGCGUUGCCACCUCCGGGGGGAGCGGUGCCCCGGCCGGUGGAGCCGGGGGCUUUCCCUCGACGACGCCCGGUGCGGCGGGAGCCGCGGGUCCCUGAGCACGCUGUGCUCAUUAAAGCGGCGGAGGGGCCAAUGGAGCCGGCCCAGGUUAAAGAGAGGUUGAAAACGCUGGUCAACCCAGGGUCGGCUUCGGUUUGUGUAGUCGGGGUCAGAACCGUACGAGGUGGAGUGUUGGUCGAAACGAGCAAGGAAGAAGAGCUGAACUUCUUCCGCGAGAGCGAGGCCAUCCGCCAGGGAGGCCUCACUGUUUCGGUUCCGGAGGCUCCCAGGAAGGCCAUCGGGGUUAUGGCGAUACCUGCUGAGGAAACGGAGGAGACGGUCUUGACCGCGCUCCAGGUCCAGACCGCCCCGAGUAUGAGUCAGGAGGACUUCCGCCAGGCCGUCAGAAUAGCGCGAAGGUUCCGAGCGAGGCAGGCGGGGCCACGGGCGCCAAGAACGUCCAACUGGGUGUUGGAGGCCACCCCGGAGGUGGCGAACAGACUGGUGACGAAGGGUCGUGUACUCCUUGGGUGGACCUCAUGUGUGGUCCGGGACUACGUGGACGCCGACCGCUGUUUCCGGUGCCUUGGGUUCGGUCACUCGGCGGUGUCCUGUAGAAAGCGAGCGCUAACUUGCGCUUGGUGUGCGGGGGAUGGACACCCCGCGGCGACGUGCCCAGCUAGGGAGGCGCCUCCUUGCUGUAUCAACUGCAGGGAGGCGGGCUUCGAGGCCGCCCAUAGGGCGUUAGAUGGGGCGUGCCCGUUCUACCGGGACGCGAUCGCCCAAGGGCGAAAUGCGGCUAUGGAGGAGCGGGCCCGCCUGCGGCCUCAGUUGGGUCCCGCCUCGAGCAGCAGGAAUGGCUGA